GAGCGAGGAAACUGAGGACAUUUUGAUUUACUCUUAUUUCUCUUGCGUACCUACGAAGACAGACACGUGUCUUCGGGGUAAACAGAAAGGGCUAGGUCGUGCCAGCAGAUUGCACAGUUUUUUCCCCCUUUUGUUUGUUACAGACGACCGGGUUUAAGCUUGGCGACGAGCUAUACAUUUCAGUUUGUGCGCCUUGGUGAUAAAGACGCAUUUGGAGAUGUCGGAAGUGCUGCCUUUCAACGAAGAAAAAAUGAGUCAUUAUGGAAAUGAGGGCGACGAGGGACACCUUUCCUUCACCUGUCGUCUUCAAGACACCAACAACUUCUUCAGUGGCUCACAGAAUAAACGUCCGCCGAAACUCGGACAAAUAGGCAGGAGCAAACGGGUUGUGAUCGAGGAUGAGAAUGGCGACGACGAGCAGAAAAAUGGAACAGAGAAGACCCCGGCAGAGGCUUAGAGCGCUCGGCUCUCCACCCCCCAAAAGACACUCUUGAAAUUUUUUAUGGCGAUAUUUACCAGUUUUAAUCCAAAGACACUGUAUAUAAGCACUUUCUCUCAUGUGGCAGCAAGCAGCACUUCCACACCCUCCUCUCCCAGUCAGUCAUGACCGUCCGGAUGACACACACUGGCAGGGGUGGGAGAUGGCAGCAAAGGAGACCCCCAGGUGGACCCCCCCAACACACACACACACACACACA